AUGGCCACCCGGUCGGCGUCGUUCAUCUUGUCGAACUCGUCGAUGCAGACCACGCCGCGGUCCGCCAACACCAUCGCCCCGGCCUCCAGCCGGCGCUCACCUGCGCGAGUGGGUGGGGGCCAAUCCACACUCUCACCCGUGUCGGCGUCGGUGGUGACGGCAGCGGUCAGGCCGACGCCCGAGGAGCCGCGGCCCGUGGUGGAUACCGACAGCGGCGCCAGAUUCAUGACGGCGCGGAGGAGCUGGGACUUGGCCACCCCGGGGUCGCCCACCAGCAGGCAGUUGAUGUCGCCGCGGAGGUGGGUGCCAUUGCCCAGCACACGCUCG